GGAAAGGAAGAUAGCCACCAUAUCCAUCCAUAUAUGCUAUGUACAGGUGUAAAUAGCAUUGAUCCGGACGAACUAAUCGUUCUAAAGAAGAAGAAGAAGAAAAGAAGGAAGAAGAGGAAUAACUUUUGAUUUUAUGUACAAAACAAAAUAAUAACCUAAUGACUCGUGCCACGUGGAACGCAUAGAGCGGUUCGAUCUGCCACCCCAUUGGACGGCCGAUGUCCCGCGGAGCUUUUUUGAAUUCAAAAUCCGCGAAACCUACCAGUCCACAAUUCGAACACGGGACCUCAAUGCGUGUCCACGCUAUAAAGCUGGAAGAAGGGUCUCCUUGCCCUGUUCCUCAUUCCUCCUCCUCCACAGCUAUGGCGUCUCUAGGGCAUCAGGGCGGCAGCCGGCUAGGGCUCGCGGGGCUGGCCGUGAUGGGCCAGAAUCUGGCGCUCAACGUCGCGGAGAAGGGAUUCCCCAUCUCCGUCUACAACCGGACGGCGAGCAAGGUCGACGACACGGUGGAUCGCGCGGCGCGCGAGGGCAAUCUCCCGCUCUACGGCUUCAAGGAUCCGGGUGAGUUCGUGGCGUCGCUCCAGAAGCCGCGCGUGAUCAUAAUCCUGGUCAAGGCCGGGCGGCCGGUGGACGAGACGAUCGAGCUGCUGUCGAGCUUCCUGGAGCCCGGGGAUUGCAUCAUCGAUGGGGGGAACGAGUGGUACGAGAAUACCGAGCGCCGGGCCGAGGCCGUGCGGCAGAAGGGGCUCUUGUAUCUGGGAAUGGGGGUCUCUGGCGGUGAAGAGGGCGCUCGCUAUGGCCCCUCACUUAUGCCCGGUGGAGCCGUGGAGGCUUUCAAGUACAUAGAGGAUGUUGUGAAGAAGAUCGCUGCUCAGGUGGACGAUGGCCCCUGCGUGACUUACGUUGGCCCUGGUGGAGCUGGGAACUUCGUGAAGAUGGUUCACAAUGGGAUCGAGUAUGGCGACAUGCAGCUCAUCUCCGAGGCCUACGACGUGCUCAAGUCCGUGGGUGGCCUCACCAACAAGGAGCUCCACGAGACUUUUGCGCAGUGGAACAAGGGCGAGCUCGAGAGCUUCCUGAUCGAGAUCACGUCCCACAUCUUCUCGGUCAAGGACGACAAGGGCGAUGGCGAGCUCGUGGACAAGGUCCUGGACAAGACGGGCAUGAAAGGCACCGGGAAGUGGACCGUCCAGCAGGCCGCGGAGCUCUCGGUGGCGGCUCCCACGAUCGAGGCGUCGCUCGACUCGAGGUUCCUGAGCGGCCUCAAGGAGGAGAGAGUGGCGGCGGCCAAGAACUUCAAGGAGCUCGGGGUGUCGGACAUCUUGGCUCCCAGCAACGUCGACAAGAAGGAGCUCAUCGACGGCGUCCGGAAGGCGCUGUACGCGUCCAAGAUCUGCAGCUACGCCCAAGGCAUGAACUUGAUCCGGGCCAAGAGCAUGGAGAAGAGCUGGAACCUCAACUUGGGCGAGCUGGCUCGGAUCUGGAAGGGGGGCUGCAUCAUCCGGGCGGUGUUCCUGGACCGGAUCAAAAAGGCCUACGACCGCAACCCGGAUCUGGCCAAUCUGCUCAUGGAUCCCGAGUUUGCGACCGAGAUGGUGGAGCGGCAGGGCGCUUGGAGGAAAGUGGUGACGCUGGCGAUCAAUGCCGGGAUCAGCACCCCGGGGAUGAGCGCGAGCUUGGCCUACUUCGACACGUACAGGCGCUCGCGACUGCCCGCGAAUCUCGUCCAGGCGCAGCGCGAUUAUUUUGGAGCUCACACCUACGAGCGAGUGGAUCAAAGCGGGUGGUUUCACAGCGAGUGGCACAAGCUCGCGUCGGCCUUGUGAGGGAGGAGCCGUGAACACGCACUUUUGGUGCGCGUCGGUUUUGGAUGGAUAAAAGGCCAUGGAUGGAGACCCUCUUUUCUUUAUACUUUUUGAUUAUUUGGAUGGACUAACUUAAAAAGGUAAUAAACCAAGUCCAUCUUAAACCA